GUUUUUCUCAGUAUAGACCUUAUCAAAUUCAAAACGUAACUUCAAUUUCAACCAACAAUCGCGCUCCGCCUGUGCACUUGAGAAGAUGACGUCGACACUGUUCUUGUUUUUAACUUUCUUUGCAACUGUUUUUGCAAUUCCUGCCAACAUAAAAAAUCCGGAUAGUUUUAUGUACAAUGACGGCAUGCUGGGGGGAGACAUCGCUGGAGGAUAUGAAAUUGUGACGGAUGAAGACGGCAAAACUGCGAUCAUACCGAGUUCAAACUAUGUUUUCUGGCCCAACAGUGUCAUGUACUAUGAGAUUCAUGAGAGCUUAGCUGAUCACAGAGAUAUCAUCAUGUCAGCAAUGGAUGAAUACCAUGAAAACACCUGCCUGAGGUUUGAAGAAAGGAAUGGAGAUGAGAGCAUUGAAAACUAUGUUCUACUCAGAGGAGACAUUUCAGGGUGUUCCUCCUACAAAGGAAUGCGUGUGAGUGGAUUCCAAGAAGUAAAAUUGCAUGUUCCAGGCUGCAUUUACAAGGGCACUAUCAUGCAUGAGUUGAUGCAUGCUGCAGGAUUUUGGCAUGAACAUCAACGCUUUGACAGAAAUGACUAUGUCAGGAUUGCAUUUGAAAAUGUGGAGGCUGGAAAGGAGCACAACUUUGACAUUGCUGACUUGACAGAGUCCCAGAAUGUUGGUGAUGUGUCCUACAAUUUUGACUCCAUCAUGCACUAUGAGCUCACAGCUUUCUCAGUGAAUGAUGAGAGGACCAUUGUACCAAUUGGAGAAUUUGAAAAUGAAGACCCUGGCAACGUCUGGAACCAGAAUUACAUGUCACAGGGUGACAUUGACCAAAUCAAUGCUGUGUACUGUUGAACUGAAUUGCUGUAAAAGGUUAUGAUUGGCAAUGAGCAUUAUGAAUACAAAAUACAGUAUUCGUCAGCUUUCA